UUUUCAAAAAUGCAAUUGAAUUCCAGGCGAUGUUUUCUUCUGCUGACUGAAAGCAAAAAAAUUGUUGGAUGAAACUAACUGAGAAAAAUUUAAAGUUUAUCAUUUAAACGAAACAAAAAUAAUUGCAAUUUAUAGUGCAAAAAUAAUUUUCAUCAAUAUUUAUAUUCACGCUCUUAGUAGACGAAUUAAUGCGGAAAGAUGGCAUUCUCAACUCAAAAAGGUUUUUUGAGGAUGGACUUCAUAAAUGAUGUCUGCAGAGGCCCCAAUCAAGACGAUGGGAAAGGAUAUAAAGCUUCAUUAAAAACAUAUUCAUCCUGUACGGAUUCACGGGCUUGGAGUUUAUCUAGAGAAAAUCAAACAAAAUAUCUACAAGACUUAGUCAGCUGUGGAACAUGUAGAGGAGGGCCUUACAGUGACGAGGGAAGGGGCGACGGGGAAGAAAUGCCAGGACACCCUCGCUCAGAUAGACAUAAGAGACCAGGGAGGGGACCUGUGAGGGGACCCGAUCAUGUGUUGCAGUCAGCUGGACUAACAGGUGACUAUGGGACAGGCGAAGCUGGAGUAGGUAAUUUAAAACCUGGAGGAGAAUAUGGACCUGAUCAAUUUGAUGGUGGUAUUGGCGAAGUUGGUCCAAGCAGAGCUAGUCCAACGAGAUACGAUUCAAGUGGAGCCGGACCAAGUGGUGUUACUACAGGUGAUAGAAGCUUCGGGCCUGGCGUCACUACUGGCACGGGUGGACCUGGAUCGAUCGGACCUGUCGGUGUUGUCACAAGUGGCAGCGUCGGCCCUACAGCAAUUGUAUCUGGUAGCCCUGGUAGUGGUGCGACAGGAAGUAAAGGUAUUCCUAGUGGCGCUGGCACUGGGAGACCAGGGAGUAUUGUACCUGUUAGUGGACGUCCGGGUACCUUUGGACCAGAGAGUGGUGGGCCUGGCAGUGUCGGUUCUGCAAGCAGGGGUCCUACCGCUGGAGGAGCAGCAAGUCAACCCGGAAGUUUCGGACCUGGGAGUCAAGUACCAAGUAUUGGGAGACCUGGUAGUCUAGGGCCUGGUACCGGAGUAGCCAGCAGUUACACACCUGGUAGUGGACUUGGCAGUGGAGUACCUAGCAGUGGGAAGCCUGGAAGUGUAGGCCCGGGUAGUGGAGUACCUAGCAGUGGGAAAAGUGGAGGACCCAGUAGUUUCGGGCCUGGAAGUGGAGGUCCUGGCAGUGUAGUCUCAGAUGGAAAAGAACUGACUAAUGAAGGGACUGUCAAUAUUGCAACUGGUAGUUUUGUACCCGGCAGUGGAGUUGCUGGCAGUACCGCAGCGGGAAGCAGGGUGCCUGGCAGUUUUGGUCCCACAAGCGGUGGACUUGGCAGUAUCGCAUAUACUGGAGAGGGACCCGGAAGUGGAGAACAUAGUAUCCCCGGGAUUGGUAGCGUUGCUCCUGGAAGCGUUGGACAUGCUACUGUUGGUUCUGAUACUUUUGGCGCAGGUAGCAUUAGACCACCAACUGUUGCACCUUCCACUGCAGAUAAUGCCACAGGCGCCCCCGUGAGUGGACCAUCAGGAGCUCCAAGUGCCGGAAUAAUGACAAGUGGCCAUUCAACUUCUUCAGGGGGCACAAAACGUCCCAGCAUAGGAACGGGCCGUGGAAGAGGUUCCGGUGGAGUAACAAUUGUUGAGGGACCUGUAAGUGGGGGUCCCGGAAGCACUGUCAGCCCUGGAAGGAGUUCAAUGGUAAAUGGUAACAAAUAUCCUGAUGAAUCUAGCCAAGGAUAUACUGGAAAAGGAACUCCAAGCACCGCCCCAGGAACAGGUAGAGGAAGUCAUGUAAGCAGUGAACAUCCCAGCGGCUACCAUUCAGCUGUUCCCGUUCUCAGCACGGAACAAAGUUGGGGAGGUCUUAUUACAGGGCCUGGAACGAUUGAAGUCGAAGGUGGAAUUAUUCCAAGUUACAGCAAAUACAGUGGUACUCCUGGAGGUGUAAGCUCACAUGUCAUUGCUUCGGGCGGCAUGGUUGUAGGAGUUGGAGUCAGUGAUAGUAAAGUCACUGGCGGUUCAGGCCGUGGAAGUAGUCAUCUAAGUGGUGUGGUUGGUGGGCCAAGCACUGGUGUAGUUACGGGCGCAGAAAGUGUAACAGCAACAUUAGGUGGCAGUGGUGGUGUAGUAAGCGGAGGACCUGGUUCUAGGGGACCAUCACAAAUAAGUGGCGGUAGAGGAACAGGUGCACCCAGCGCUGUUUUUUCGAUUCCUUCUCACAAGGGCUCGGGAAGGCCAUUGGUUGGUCCACUCCUUUCUGGGGAUAGUUUGAUCGAAGCGGCAUGCCUUAAGCUAGAUGAAAUCAAUGCUGUUGUACGAGAGAAUAAUGAACUGAAAAAACAACUGAAAUAUUCAAAUGAAAAGCUAGAAUGCAUAUGUGCGGAGAACAGUAGGAUGAAAGGGAUUGUUUCUGAUACUUCAGUAGGCAGUUUAGGCCCAUUGGAAGAAGAGCUAAAGAUAUUGAAAGCAAGGGGAAACUUCUCUCCGGAAAAUGCGAUUAAAGUGAUUAGAAUUUAUGUUGAUGACAUAAAGGCUCAUAGUCGUAAGGCUGACAUGAUUGCGGCAGAAAAUGAUUCACUGAAGCAACAACUAGCCAAGCUUGAAGCUCGCAUACAGGUAACAACAUUGCCUGCUGAAAAGGAGACAAGUACGGAUAUCAAUUAUUUACAAACAAUGGUAAAUAACUUGCGCAAUGAAGUCAUUCAACUGCGUGUGAUUGAAGAAGAUUGCGCUCGUAUGCGAGUCGAAUAUGACAAACUGAAGCAAAGCAUGAAGGACAUUGGUAGCCCGGAGGACCUAUACAAUAUGAAGAAGACAUCAGCGGCCCUUCGUGAAGUCAAGUGUGAUCGAGAUAGACUACGCCAUCUGAUUAAUUCCAUGGUUGGGAUCGAGGACGAUAUUCGAAAGAUGAGGGAACGCGCAGAGAAAACGGAUCAGUUGGAGAAGCAAUUGGCUGAUUUAAAGGGCGGUGGUGGGGGCAUAUGUGGUAUGAGUCGUGAGGAAAUGAAAAACGAAAUCGAACGUUUGAAGCGGGAAAAGGACGAAGUCCAGCAGAAACUCGAUUGUGUCAUGUGUGCAGAAUCGGACAUGACUAAUAUGCAGGAUCAGCUAAGGGAAUUCGAUAGGGUUUCAUGCGAGUUACACCUAUAUAAGAUUCACUACAAUGAACUCAUAAAUGAGCUGCGUAGAGUCAGCACUAGACUCCUUCAGCUUGAACCCGAAUUGGAGGAAACUAGGCGUAGGCUUGCCCUCGCUGAAACGGCAAUAUGUUCCUAUGAGAAACAAAUGGACGAACUGAUGGAAGUUAUUCGAGAGCUGAGCGAAGAAGAUGGACGCAAUCCAAAUGGUACUCCUCCCGACGGUAACGUUGGUUAUGGGGGUAACGGAGGCGGCGGUAGUAAUGGUUACGACGGCCACGACGGUGACGACUUCCGAAGUAACAAAUAUCCUCCUUCUGGUACAUACCCGUCCCAUAUGGGCUACGCAAAUUCAAAUCGCUCCAACCCAGAACUCCUACUCAGUACUGGGAAUCCCAUUAACUCUCCCAACACACAAUAUCCAAUCGUUGGUCAAGAAUCCAUGAGUGGUAGACAUGUUUCCAGCUCAGAUUGCAUUCCACAAGAUGGUCAUAUACAAGAUCUACUUACAGUCGCUAAAAUGGUGGUCAUUUUCAUUCAGAAAGAAGUUGCCGCCCGUAAAAAUCUCCAGGAAGAAUUGGACGCCUGCAAGCAUGAGAUGUACAAUCUCACCCAAAUAAGUAAGUCCACCGAUGGUAGGUUGACCACAGCUGAUAGGACAAUGGAAAGUAGCAGAGUCAGCAAGAGUUUCAAGUUAAGCAUGAGUGGAAAACAGAGCGAAAGUAGAGAUCGAAGCGAAACAGGAAAAACAAACGAAAGUGGUAAACCAAGUGAAAUUGACAAACCAGAUAAGAUUGACGAACUUAGCCAAGUUGGCGGACCGAGUGUAAAUGUAAAAUCGAAUAAAAAUCAUAGAUCAAAGAAAAGUGGUAAACCAUGUACAUGUGGCAAGAGAGGCGAACCUCAUACGCUCAGCGAAGGAAAUAAGUUGAGGGGAGGGGAUAAGCCAAAGAAAAGCAGGAAGCCUUGCACAUGCGGCCAAAAAGCCGAAUAUCACCAUCCAAGCGUAGGUGAUAAACCAAGUGAAAGUGGUCUACCAAUUGUAGCUGAAGAACCAAGUACAGGUGGCAGACCAAGUGUGGAUGAAAAGCCAAGUGUAGGUGGCAAACCAAGUGUAUAUGGUCAACCAAGUGUAGGUGUUAAACCAAGUGUAGAGAGCCAAUCAAAUGUAGGCGGUCAACCAAGCGUAGCUGGUCAAUCAAGCGUAGGUGGUCAACCAAGUUUAAGGGGUCAACCAAGUGUAAGGGGUCAACCAAGUGUAAGGGGUCAACCAAGUUUAAGGGGUGAACCAAGUGCAAGUCAAAAAGCAAAUGAAUCUAGCCAAGAUGAUAAACGAAAUUUAAGCGGGGAACCGAGCCUAAAAGAGAAAGUUAGUCAAGCAGAUAAACCAAUUAUUGAAGGCGCUGAAAAGGAAAUCUGGUCUUCCCAGUAUGGGAAACCCGGUGAUCUGAUAUCUGAAUUAGAAAAGCAACUAAAAGAGUGCCAGAUGGAGAAAGAUCGGGCUGUAAAAGAAAAUGAUACACUGCGUGGUCAAAUUUCUAAUGAAGACAUUGAGGAUUUGUUGGAUCAGUUGAAUGCCUGCAAGCGAGAGAAUCAGAGACUGCAGGGAUUGCUCAGUGAGGGCGGUUCUCGGCAUUUCGAUGAGAUGUUUGAUGAACUUAAUGAAUUACGAUCCAAGAUGAAUGAAUGCGAAGAAGAAAAAAAGAAACUGAACGACAGAGUACAGGAGUUGGAAAAGCUUCUUCAGGCCAGUAAAAACGAAAAUGACCUUUACACUUUGCUCGAAGAAAAGCAGGAGGCAGUUGACUCUUGUCAGGCUCGUGUGGCCGAAUUGGAGCAACAGGUGGCGAAGUUGACCAAAGAGUUGGAGGACAGCAUAAACAAUUGUGCACAACAGGUUGCGGACAUGAAGAACCAAAUAAAUACAGACAAAGUUGACUUAGGUGAGCAACUGGACAAAACGAUAGCGAGUCAGGAAGACAAACAGAAAGACCAGGAGAGUGUUAUCAAUAAUUGCCAGCAACAACUUGACGAACUCAAAGCCCAGUUGAUGCAGGAGGUUGAAAAGUGCCGAAAAGAGAAGGAAGAAAUGGAGAAACAUGUGUCGAAACUUGAGGAUGCUAAGGAUGAUCUUGGAAAAGCCGAAGACGAAAUUGUUCAGGAUCUCAGUGAUAUCGAACAACGUCUGGAGCAAUGCAUGCGAGAGAAUCAGACUCUCCAGAAAGAACGCGAUGACUUGGGUAAUCAACUGAAAGAAGCGAAAAUCAACGCUCAAAAUGAGAUCGAUAAAUUGCGCGAUGAAAUGAAACAAAAAGAAGUAGACCAGGAGAAGGCAAAGGACGAGCUGUCACAGAAACUCGCUGAUGCUUCGAAUAAAGUUGAGGAUCUUCACUCAAAGCUCGAACAACAGGUACAGGAAGGCAGUGUAUCUAACGAUGAUUGUGAAAAGGUGAAAGCAGCAUUACGAGACCUACAGGAGAAGUACAGACAACUAGAGAGUAGAUACGACUCACUACAGCAGCACGACUCAAGCAUUCAGAAAGCUCUGGAUGAGUUGAGGAAGGAAUACGAAGACAAAACCUUGGAGUGGACAAAAGAGAUCAAUGAGCAAAAGGGCUUGUUGGAGCAAGCAAAAGCAUCCUUGGAGACACAGCGUGCGGAAAUAUCCAGACUGAACGAUGUCCUUAAACAGGGCUCAUGUAAAGAUCUCGAAGAUCAACUGGCCAAAAUGACUGCUGAACAUAAUAAACUGAAAGACGAAAACGAGAAGUUAAAGGAAUCCAUCCAGGCAAGGGAAAAAGAAGCCGCAUCCGUACAGGAGAAAGUAGAGAAUAUCGCAAUUGAUGUUAAUAAAGUGGAUGAACAGUUGAAAGCUACAGAUUGUUCAGCGUACAUCAAAGAAAUCGAUGAGUUGAAAGCGGCGAUUGCUAAACACUUGGAAGAAAUUAAAAAGCAAGCCGACCUCCUGGACAAUCUGAAGAAAGAAGUAGAAGCAGCGAAGGCUGCAAAAUCCGAACUCGAAUCCGAAUUAGCAAGAACAAAAGCCGAUAAAGAAGCUACGAACCAAGCACUGAAAGACCAGGUCGAUAAACUACAAAAAGACUUGGAGCUCGCCAAAAGUACUGCUCCUCCCACACAAGGCAACGAUGAGCUGAUCAAAUGUUUAGCUGAGCAGAAGCGCCUACAAGAGGAAAAUAAACGCCUUCAAGAUGAAUUCCAGCAGCUCGAGAACCUCGUGAAAGACAUUGAAAACGAACGUAAGAAAAAUAAGGAGCUGGAAGGACUGAUUGCUGAGCUGGAGCAAAAAAUUAAGGACCUUCAAAAUAAACCUGCUCCCAUUGCACCGUCCACAGAUAUCAAUGUUCAAGGUGCUGUUGAGAAAAUAAAGGACCAAUUACAGGCGGAAACCAAUAAAAAUAAUACACUGAGUGCUGAAUUGCAAGCAUGCAAGGCCUCUUUGGCUGAUGCGCAGAAAAAGCUGGAAGAGACUCAGAAAGCUUUGCAGCAAGCAAGGAUUGAGAUGCCACAAUCAGAUUGCGAGAGGGAGCUCGCAAACUGCAGGACACAACUGGACAAGGCCAGGGAAGAACUUGUGGCAAUGGGAAGACAACUCGAACAAGCAAAAGCCUCAAUGGAUCAAACAGGCAAAGACAUUAUUCGGACAUCAUCGAAAGACGAAAAAGACGGUACAGUUCCUCUCAUUGGGGGAGCCGAAGCUCCUAGUUCGAUAUUGAAGAUUCCUUCAUUCCCUGAUCCUACUAGUCCAGUCACUCUGCUGUUCCCUGAUGAAACAGUUCCACCAGGGGAUAAACGAAAACACCUAGGACCAUUGAAGGGUCAAGAAGGUGAAGCCAAAACGGGUUCCAAGCCGUCCAUAGAUCGCAAUUCAAACGAAAUGUUCUCGUCAACCAUAAAUGAAAUCCGGGCUAGCCAUUGUGAGAAUUUAGAAAAGAUGCAGAAGAUGUACGAGGAGCGGAUGCAAGAGAUGAUGAAAAACCACGACAGGGAAAUCGAAUCGUUACGAAUGACCAAUGAAGCUCUUCGCAAUAUGCUGCAAGAUAUCAAGGCACAGAUAGCAGCUUUGGGUGGGGUUGGUGGUGUCGAUGCCAAUAAACUAGAACAAAUCAACAAAGAAUUAGAUUCUGAAUUAGAUAUUUGUGGACAGGAUAAGAAACUUAAUAAGAUAUGUAUGAAAAUUAUAAAGACAUCGAUAAAUUGUCUCAGUUUACGAGAACUCAAGUACCUCCAUUGCGCUGUGUAUAGGGCGGGAGUGAAAAUGAAACCAACAUCUAUUGUCCAUUCGGAGGAUAUAAAUCGUUGUUGCGAAUGUACAGGAUUCAUCUGUUGUUUGCCAAGUAUUCCAAAAGAUGCCGAGAAGAAGUUCAUUGAGAGAAUAAAUUGCCUGGAAAAUGAGUUGGAAAAUGCAAAUGACCUUUUGCAACGCUUGCGGGAUCGUUAUGAAUCGAAAUCAGGUUGCAAUCGUCGAUGCUGCACUGGUCACUCUGAAAGGAGAAGUGUACCACCACGUGGUAUCAACGAUGCCGUGAAUCAGAUUUUAAAAUGCGCGAGAGAGGGUAACAGAAAUUCAGGAUAUCGAUGAAUUUACGGAGUUAGUGAUCCAGAAUUUUUUUUUUAAAUAAUGAAUGUUGUGUUUAUUUAUUUUUGAUAUAAUUCUGUGUGAUAUAUUUGAUUCACGGUAAGAUUUUUUCAAAUGAACACCCGAUUGUCAAUAGACAAAUUCAA